UGUAGAGGACUGAAUAUCAGUUGAAUAUAAGGAUUUUUGAAACUUAUAACUGUGUUUGAUAGAGUCGUAAGUUAAUGCGUAAAGGUUUAUCUUAACUGGGUGCUUCCAAUUUAAGGCUUACAGUAGUCAAACUUCUGCUGUUCUAUCGACCCAUGGUAAAUAAUGAUGACGCUCUAUGACCAUUACCAGGAAGUUGUGAGGAAAAUGGAAACAAUCAGAAGGAAAAACUUAUGUAAACCAUAAGAAGUACACUACACAAUGGAAGGAUUGAACUCGAGAUCAAGAAACUGGAAUGGAUGAACCACCAUUGCCAGAUGACUGGGAAAUAUGAUCAACAAAAGAUGGAGUUUGAUAUCUUGUGGAUCACAAUACUCAAACAUUGAUUUUAGGAUCCAAGACUUAGUACAUUCAAAAGUUUUUCCGAGUGAUGAGAGCGCAUUAUCAAAUUAUGGCCGAAGCUGAGAGAUUUAAUUCAAUUAUUUCUGAGUCACGUGCAAGUCUCAAUUAUAUUAGCUCGAAGAUAUCUGAAGGAAUGGAUCAGAUGAAGGAAGAUAUUGCCAAAGAAUUAUUCAUUACCGAUCAUUUAACGAAACUUAAUUCGAAAGUAGGCCUGUUACUGCAACGUUAUUCUGAAUUGGAAGAAGGAUUAAUUGAGCUAGUAAGAAUGAAUCAUAAUAUGAAGAGUGUGCGGAUUGAAACUCCAAUUGACAUCAACGAGGAAGUCAAGUGCAUCCUUACGGCGGUAAAAAAAAAUCAAUCGCAGCAGCAGCAACAGUCGGAUCAUCCUCGAACACCGACGAAAUUGCGGACAACAACAAACACUUCUACAGGAGCGAAGGAUCCUCAGCCGCAUAAUUUCAUUAUGAGUUCGAAGUUCCUUACGUCGCAAUCAUAUGAUACUGAUAUCUCAUACGUAACGUUUGAGAGACAAGAAAGACGUGCGCCUGCAUAUCCGGAAGUUCAGCUAUUAAACGAUCCAAGACCAGCAGUUGAUACAAAAGCCAUUGGUUUUCGACCAUCUUGGAAGUGCGAAACUUAAGAUAACUGUCGGAUAAACAUGUUUUUGUAUCUCUUUUGAUCUCUUCUUUUUCUAAUAAUUGUUAUUGUUUAUAAAAGUACAGACAAAAUUGUGACUGUGGAAUAAGAUAAAUGAAUACAACACUUCUGUGUUUGCCAAGUAUUUCUGUUUACCACAAAGAUAUUCAACUUUGUAAAAAAAAUACUGCAAU